AUGGAUGACUCUCUAAAGCCCACUAUUGAAAAAAUUAAGCUACAAGAACACGACAACGAAGUGCGACUGAAAGAGAAAAGGGAUUUAAACUCUGCAAUGUUAUCUCUUAAUCGAGCUAUUCGAGACACAGCCUUAACUAUAGAGAACCUGACUAAAGAACAUCAAGCUCUUAUUACUGCCACUGACAAGUUAGAACAUGAAGUAAUAUUGGAAAAAAUUCGACAGGACGCACUAGCAGCUCAAGUGAAUGAUUGUCGUAGGGAACUAGAAGAAUUACAAAAAACGUCUGUUGAAGGUUUAUCAUCUGUUUGGGAAAGAAGAUCUCAUUUUUUUGAAGCUGUUCAACAAAUCUCCGAUAAGUGUGAUGUUUGGGCAUUACUAAUAAGGCCUACCUGCGAAAUUAAGCCAAAUGUUAUGCAUGUACCAAAAAUGGAACAAAUUGUCAAAGAUGAUAGCAAAUUGAAAGAUGCAAUUGAAAGAAAGGAUAAAGCAAUUGCAAUGCGAAACUUUUUAUUGUCUGAGCCUGAUGUUGGCGAAGAAUUUGUCCGAACAAGAAAUGCACUACAGUAUUCGUUGGAAAUAAUGGCCAGUGACCAAGCUGAAUAA